CCUGUCACCAGUACGUUAUGAAUGGCGUGUUUCCGGUUGUAGCGCCUCUGAUCGUAACUCACUCGAGACAAACUCUGCUAGAUCUAUAUUUCCAGUUAGCCACAGAUUCAUUACUCAUUGGCUGCCUCUCCGUCUAGUUCCUUGGGUCUGUACGUCGCCCCAGACUCCUAGAGAGAUUUCCCCGUCACUCUCUUCUCUCGUAUAGCUGUUUUGUUCAUCUCAUUUGACGGAAUUGCAUCGCAAGUAAACACAUUUGAGAGUUCAAGGAAUUGAUGAGAGGGAAACGAUGUUGAGAGAAUUAGCUGCGUUGACUGAUAGCGAGAAAUAGUAAUCCAAUCGUGCGGUUUUAUGUCUGACGAGACAUCCCCUACGAGGUCAUACUACGAUUUGGGUCUUGGGGUACCCUUAUGGGUGGUGAUAGUAUGGACAGCGGCUGGUAUCAUCGUUGUUGCCAUGGUUACACUGGUUAUCUACGUGUGCGUCAUCAGGAAGAAGGGCCACGGCCACGAUCGUGCUAUCGGUAUUGAAGAGAGACGCAACUCUGACGGCUUAUUCGAUAUUUAUCCUGUCGGCAUCAUCGACCAGCUCCACCCACAAGAAAUCAACGCUUAUGAGAACUUCUCACCCACCUUCACACGUGAUCUACGAAUCCCGCGGGCCGUCCCGAGGGUCAGAAUCUCCGAAUCGCCAGAAUUCGCGAGCUCCCCACCACAGGUAGUCCCACUGACUGUGUACGAGCCAAAAGACGAAAAUGGAAACGAGGCUAGUCUCAACCCCAGAGAUAUCUACCUCGAUUUGAGGAGCCUGGAAUAUGAGCUCCCAGCGUCCAUAUCGCGCGUGGCCGUAUCCCGUGAAGCGUCAUUCCGACAGGCGGCGAAUAUCAGCGACGAAAACAGGGCGGAGCAGAUGUACCGCGAGAAAAUGGUGGUGAAUGAACUCAGACAAAAGCUGAGGAAUAGCAGGCGAAUCACGGAAGAAGACUUUUGAUAUGUUUUUCGUGACAUAAACAUCAAUUUGGUACAUGAGGCCAGGCGAGCAGCGACGAUUUGCCUAUGGGUGCGCGCGCAUCAAGAUUUAUUUGCGUCUCAAGCUUGGCUAUUCUUCAAUUCACCGCUGACUGUCAGUGUCUGGAGGCCAAAGAGGAACUGAUGAACGAAAGAGUAAUAUGUGAUAGCUGUGUGACUGUUAUUAAACACAGAGGACUUUCUUCGCAUAGUUUUGUAUGAUUGAGUGGUACAGUAUUGCUAUGCUGUUUUCCAGUUGCAUAUAUUCCGUACUGAUGCAGAACCUGCCGACGUAUGACAUAAAACAACAACACUCUAUUUCUCUUUUGCUCUUAAGUGUUAUGCUGAAUAAGCAGUUUUUUCCUGAUUUAAGACAAGCAAAAAGGGGGGGUGCGCAUGGAGGGUUAUGACGCAUCUUUGUCACACUGUUACCGAGUUUAUUUAUAUCUUAUUUUAUAAAUUUAUCUGAUUAAAUGAAUAUCAUUUGAUCCGUUGUAAAGACCUCCAUACUUUUUAUUUAUAUCUUAUUUUAUAAAUUUAUUUGAAUGAAUGAAUAUAGUUUGAUCCGUUGUAAUAGGAAAGGCCUAAAUUAUUUUUUAUGUAUAUCUUAUUUUAUAAACUUAUCUGAAAAAAUGAAUAUAGUUUGAUCCGUUGUAGAAGGGAAGGCCUACAUACUUUUUAUUUUUAUUUUAUUUUAUAAAUUUAUCUAAAUAAAUUAAUAUCAUUUGAUCCGUUGUAAAGACCUUCAUACUUUUUAUUUAUAUCUUAUUUUAUAAAUUUAUCUGAAUAAAUGAAAAUAGUUUGAUCCUU